GUUCGAAUGCUUGCGGGCGUUGGUUAAUGGACUUAAUAGUUAUGGUUAAUAGGCGAUUCCAAAAGACCCAUUACUAGCUGCAAGAUUUACAGAGAGAAUCAAGGAAGAACCGAGAGUACAAAUUGGGAUGGCUCUCAUUGUGAACUAUGUUCCCGAAGACCCAUCAGCUGUUUCAGAAUGUGCCAACAAGAUUAAGGAAGAGCCGAAAGAAAGGGGUGAACAGGAUAGAGCAGAGGCUGCUGUUGCUCCAUUUGCUGAGGAUUUUGUUCUUGAGCAGGAUACUCUCAACAUUAAGAAAGAGAAGGAUUUGGAGGAAGCAUCAUUAUCAAAUUCGGAAUUUACAAACAACACUAAACGAGAAGCGGAAGUAACAUUUGAUGAGGAUGGAGCUGAGAAUUGUAAUUUGCAGGAUACGUUUUCAAUUUUGGAAUUUACGAACAACGUCAAACAAGAAGCAGAAAUAACAAUUGACGAUAAUGGAGUUGAGGAUUAUGUUCUUGAAGACCUGCUACCAGUUUCGGAAUGGACUAACAACAUUAAAAGCGAGCCAGAAUUAACAAUCGACGAGGAUGGAAUGGAGAAUAAUGACAUGGUCUCAACAGAAUAUGCAUCAAAUACUACAUGGUCCAGCCAGAUUAUGGAAAAAUUCCCCAGCACUUCACGAGGAAAUGUUCUUCAAAAACUGAUACACGGUAAGCCGGAGACGGACCCGGAGACCUCGACACCCACUCUCAGUUGCGGCAUUCGACCCCAACAGAUUAUCUCAAAAAAGGACAGUUCCCUAAAUACAGAUAAGAACACAUCACCACAAGGGCAGCUCGCGGCUACCAUCACUGGCCGCCUUCGCACGCGCGCGCGUUUGUUAGCACACAGCAAUUGGCUACGCCAGGAAACAUUGCGAUUGGUUUUCCCUGGAAAACAGCGACCCCAGCCGACGGCUCCAUUAACUGGCAAGCCUUAUAUAGACCCGGCCGCCACCGCAAACGACAGUUCUCGUCGGGAAGUGCAGUACGCCGUGUUCCAGCUGCUUGUGGAUGACUCGCCGCACCACUCGAGGUUACCUGGCUGCUCUGCGGAAAAUCUUGCGACUUCACUUGGAGAGACUGAACUUCACUGGACUUUGGAAUAA